AGAAAAACAAGAUCAAUUUAUCAACAAGAUCAACAAGAUCAAUUUAUUCUAAAGAUUGUCUAGAACAAACUGACACCAGGGAAUCUUUUUCCCAGUCAAGUGAUGAAAUAUAACCAAGGGUAAUAGCAGUAAUAAGAUAUUUACUUUUGAUUUAUAGCAGAUAAAUGAUCAUGAUGGACAGAAUGAGAAAAACAACACUCUCUGCAAUGCUACUGACACUUCAGUUACUCCUAGGACUAUGUGGGGUUUAUCUGGUGGUGAUGAUAUGGUUCACCUCAAACUACAAAACAAACACUCUCAUUCCAACCGAACAUCAUGGAUAUAGGAGAGAAGUCAGUAGGACUUCUUUCUUCUCAGGAAUAUUCUUUGAUACAUAUAAGAAAACAGAGAAAAACCACGUCGGUUCAAUAGCCCCUUCAAUAUUUGAUGAACACCAUCCAGUACCACAGAAUGUUACAUCCAAUGUUACAUCCAAAAUUGAUCAAAGAACUAUAAUGGAAAAUAAAACAGUUGAAGUUAAUCCAAUCAAAAUUAAGAAUGUUCCUAAAAAGAGGAUAUGGAGAAAACCUCAAGUUAAAAAAACUGUUCAGAAACCUCCAGCUAAAAAACAAAUCAAAGUGGAUAUACCCAGACCUGAUGAUAAGCCUCGCCGACUAUAUUUAGAACAUGGUUUGGGACGGCUUGGCAACAAACUUUUCCAAUUUGCAGCUGCCUUUUCUAUAGCAAUCGCUAACAACAUGACGCUCUAUGUACCUUAUGACACAGAGGUGAUACGGAUUUUUAAUAUAUCACAUAUCAAAACAUACACAGCACAGGAUUAUAUCAGUUUCAGGGCAUCUGGAGCAAAAAUACAAACUAUAAAGCAUAUAAGUUAUGAUCACUCGUUUAUGAACUUAAAAUGGAAGUACCACAUAAAGCUACAUAAGGGGGGUGUACAGACAUACAUGUACUUCUGGAAAGAGUACCAGUCACAUAUAAGGAGCUUGUAUGUCUUUAACAAAUUCAUAAAAUCUCAGAUAAAUGCCUAUUUGGAUGGAUUGCAGAAGAAAUAUUCAAUGCAUGGUGAAAUAACUUAUGUUGGAAUUCAUUGCCGUCGAGGAGAUCGUGCUUAUGAUCCUGCAGUUAUUAAUGCUGGUUAUAAAGCCACGCCUGUUUCUUACUUCCAAAAGGCUAUAAACUUAACACUUACAAGAUAUAAGACCCCAAUUGUAUAUGUAGUAGCCACAGAUGACCGAGAUUGGACUACAAAAAACUUUAACCCCCCUGGGGAAAAUACAUUUUUUGAACAUACCCCCUGGGGUUUGACUGCUGAAUAUGACAUGGGCAUUUUAUCCAGUAUGAACCACACAAUUAUGUCAACUGGAUCAUUUGGAUGGUGGUCUGCAUAUUUAGCAGGAGGAGAUGUUAUAUACUUUAACGAACCAUUUAAGCCUAAAACUGUACGUUGGAAAUUAUGGAAAAAGUACUUUGAAACUCAAAUGUAUCCUAAAGAAGAAAAUUGGCAUGGAAUGGGUGAAUAAUAUCAAAACCUAACUUUGUGUUUAAAGCAAGGUCUUUAUACAGAAUGUUUGAAGAUGUCAUCAUUUUUUAUCCACCCAUUCUUUCAAAAAUAGUGUCAUUACACCAUCUUUUAAUACUUGGAAAUAAUUUUUCAAUGAUAAUUUUACUGUAUUUGUGAAGUAAAAUUCCUGAACCAUUUUUAUUUCAAUAGACUAGAUGCGAGGAAAAGAAUCUUGUUUUAUGUCAUUAAAUAUUCAAAAUUCAGGUUGUCAUAUUUGAAAUCUACAUGUAAAAGUCCAUCUAGAAAUAUGGUUUCGUAAAUUGUUUAUCAACUUCGAAAAUUUAUUUUUUUGAAAAUGUGACUUCUAGUUUAGGGAGAUCCCCCAUAGACCCCAUGUUAUGAAAUCACAAAAAGUGAAAUAUCUUUCCUUGUAUUGGACGGAUAAAAUUUUCUUUUACUGGGCAUAUUUUAAUUUGCAUAACUGUUAGAAAACAGAUGUUAUUUAAAUUAGAGGGAACUUUCUACUAUUCCUGACAUGCUAUCUGACCCGAACGAGCCACCUGAUGGUGAAGCUGGAACUACCUACUCGCAUCUGAGUUAUUGAACUAAUAAUAGUCGUGGUCUAUUGCAUUGAUGGAUUAAAGUGCUCUUUACUUGUAUGUUUGUUUUUAUUAUUUUUUAGAAUUUAACAUUGGUGUAUGAUAAUAUAAUAUUAAAUUAACAAUACUAACAUUGACUUAUUUAGGUAAACCUUGUUGUUUUCUCUAUCACUGUUCCACAGCAGGUUUGUGGAAAAACUUUGUUCAGCAUAGAUAUACCUUCAAUUUCAGCUUAACCAUGUAGAAGCUGGAUUCCAAACAUUUCACCAUGCAAAUUGAUAAAGUUCAAAUGUAAACAACUAAAAAGAAAUGCUUAAGAAAAGAAAUACUCUAGCAUAAU